AUGCGCAACGCACUCGGUGGCUCCUUUAGAACUGGUCGGAGCCACUCCGAGCACUUAGAGAUUGAGAUUUCUUCCUGAAGUCCCGGCCGCCAUGGCUCACUGACGAGCUCAGAGAGGGAACGCAGCACCAUGCCGUCUCCAAACGGCUUCUCCAUCAACGCGGCCCCGUCGGACGCCUGCGAGGAUGGCGAGCGGCUCAUCGAGAGCCGCGAAGUUCCUCCUCGGUGCUGCUCGGCUCGCCUUAAUCUGGCCGUCCUCAUGUUCCUGGGGUUCUCGGUGGUCUACGGCCUGCGGGUGAACCUCAGUGUGGCCAUGGUUGCCAUGGUGAACGCCACCGACCCCAAAGCCGACCAGAACAGCUCUCUGGUGCACGCCUGCCCGCUGCCUUCAGGGACCGGGAACAGCAGUGGGACGUUCCAGCAGCCAGAGGGGAUCCCUCAGUUCAACUGGGACUCGGAGAUUCAGGGCUGGCUGCUGGGAGCCUUCUUCUUCGGCUACCUGUGCACGCAGAUCCCAGGCGGGUACCUGGCCGGCCACUAUGGGGGGAAAAACUUCCUGGGCCUGGGCGGCGUCACCUUCCCGGCCAUGAUGGCCAUGUGGGCCCGGUGGGCCCCCCAGAUGGAGCGCUCCAGCCUGAUAACCCUGUCGGGGUCAGGGGCCAGUUUCGGGGCCUUUCUGGCCCUUCCGCUGACCAGCUUCCUGUGCGAGUGGCUGGGCUGGCCGGCUGUCUUCUACCUCUGUGCCUCUCUGCCUGCAGGGGGCGCCGGCUGCCUCUGGGCAGUCUUCUGGUUCGCCUUCGUGUCCGAUGACCCUCGCACUCAUCGGCGAAUCAGCAAUGAGGAGAGAGAUUACAUCAUCAACUCCAUUGGAGCUCAGGGCACAGGUCACGGCUGGUCCCUGCCCCUGCUGUCCAUGUUGUUCUCUGUCCCUCUGUGGGCCAUCAUCAUCACCCAGAUGUGCUCCAACUGGGCCUUCUACUGCCUGCUCACCUCCCUGCCCACGUACAUGAACGACAUCCUGCACUUUGACCUGCAGUCGAACGGCUUCCUGUCGGCGCUGCCCUACCUCGGCAGCUCUCUGGUGUCGGUGCUGUCGGGCCUCUUCGCGGAUUUCAUCAUCGAGAGGAAAGUCUUCAGCAUCACCGUUGUCCGGAAGCUGUUCACUUUCACGGGGCUGCUGCUGCCGGCUGUUUUUCUGACGGCCGUCGGCUACGCCGGUUGCGACCACCUCCUCACCGUCACCUUCCUCACGCUCUCCUCCACCCUGGGGGCCACCAGCUCCCCCGGGGUCUUCAUCAACCAGAUGGACAUCGCCCCCCGGUACGCAGGAUUCCUGCUGGGAGUCACCAACACGUUUGCCACCAUCCCCGGCGUGGUGGCGCCCAUCGUGACGGGAUACUUCACCGAGGACCGCACCCUGUCGGGCUGGAGGAAGGUGUUCUGGGUCGCUGCCGCCAUCAACCUCGGCGGCGCCGUCUUUUACACCAUUUUUGGCAGCGGCGAGAUCCAGGCGUGGGCGGUCAGUGAGGAGGACGGAGCUCCCCCUGAGAAGCAGGGCGGCGGCUCCAGACGCUCAGCCGAGGACGCCACAGCCACAGACAGUUUAAGGUGAAGGGGCCAUGUGGGGCAGAGCUGCUUCCCCCUGAGGGUCAAAGAGAAAAAAGCCUGAGCCGAAAGCCCCGUUGACCUCUGGACCAGAGAGGCUGUGGUAGCUCCAGAUGCUGCAAUGAUUUACCUCCACUGUGUUUGCUGUUUGGAGCAGUUUUUAUCCGAAUGGUUUUCGACCAAAAUUCAGGAAAAUAACUUUUUAAAGUUCUUUUGAAUCCAAACGCAGUUUUUUACUCUGAAGUGUCAUAUUUAGGGUUGAAUCAUGCUGCUGUUUGAUGGGUAAAACGCUGUUUCUGGGCCUCGGAGCAAAGCUCAAAGCUUUCAGUCCUUUUGAGGACUAAAGUAAAAAAAAGAUCCACCCAAAAAAAAAAAGUGGGACAUCCAUGUUAGUUUUCUUUUUAUAUAGUUUUCAUCUCAUGCUGCUUUCAUUCAUUGCUUUUAACAAUCAGGAAGUUCAGGAAGUUCACUUAUUGUCACAAAAAUGAUAUUUCCAUUAAAACCUGUGAGAAUUGCUCUGUUCAACCCCCCCAAAAAGCCAAAUGAAUACAUGAGGUUUGACCAGUCUGAGCUCCAAAAACCUGCAUUUGAGCUUCACUCGUUUUUCUAAAUUUACACCAGAUGCACACAAACGUGAGCCGGAUUGAAAAGGUAAAGAAAAUAGGUGGAAAGAUGGUAAACAAGACUAAAAUGUGUGGGAUCUUUAUGGUGUCUGACCGAUGAUGGAAAAAGGUCAAAUUCAUCUGAGAAGUGACAGGAAAUCCAUCAUAUAAAAGGCUUUUUAAACAAACUGGUCCAUCAGUUUGGAUCUUUAUUUAAUUUAUUCAGAGAGCAGUGACUUCUUUGCACACCUAAAUGUUGAAGAAAGACCUGUGUAUCGAAAUUUUGUCUGGAUUUGUUGCACUGGAGAUAUCCGAUCUAACACAGAAUGAGUUAUUUAUCGAAACUCUUCAGUCAGCAAAGACCUUUUUGCGUUGAUUUGGUCACAAAUUGAGCUGGUCUCUGUGUCAUUUAGUGCUGAUAUCAGAUUUCAGUGUUAAUCUUGAGUAUGAUGUUGACAACAUUUUUGUUUUUUUUGUUUUGGUAUUUUCUGAGCUGUGAACACAAAAGAGGCCUCGCUGGGCUGACUUUUCUCUGUCAGGUGAGACCAAAACAAGUAUUUUGCCUUUGAUUUUAUCUCAAUUUCCACUUUUUCAGACGAUUUAAAGCAUUUUUUAAAAAGCUUUGGCAUUAACUGACUGUUAAAUAACGAACAUAAGGACUUCAGAGUGUUAGAGGUGUUUUUCGUUUACACAUGUUCAGCAUGUCCACAGGGACCAAGAGAAGCUACAUAUUCACCAGGAUAAACACACCAAAUGCCUUAAAUCUGCCACUAACCUGUGAAACAGUCCGUUUUUCUUCUUUCUAAAUCAUUUUCUUUUGAGUAGAAUUGUGAGAUUUUUAUUUUAUUUUUUAUGUAUGAUCUCAUUUUACCAUCAGUCUGCUGCCUUUGUUUAUUUCUGUAACCUCAACAGGGACUGUUUUUUUUAUUAUUAUUGUUAUGUAGGAAAGACAUCACCAUCUCUGCCAGUUAGUAAAAUGCUUUGUCUCCUUAAAAACAUUUUAUAGAUAGAUGUAACCAUUUAUUUGCCUUCUCUGUGCUUUUACGAUGUCUGACAUUGUGCAAUUGUGCAAUUUGAUUAUGGAAAAAAAGACCUGGAGACCAGCAUCCUUUGAGGCAUUCUUUGUCUGUCCUUUAAUUCUAAAUUAAAGAACAGGCAGAUUUUUGUUUGGAUCUUAUGAUGUAAAAGUGUAUAUUUUUGCCUUAAACAGCAAAAUAUCAGAAACCUGAGGGAGGAAGUAUCAGAUGUUUGUAAUAACUGUCACAAAGCAGCACAUUAAUGGCUUGUGAUGCUUGUGAUGUUUUCCGCCUGCAGAUGUUGUUAAUCUGUGGACAGACAGAAGGUCCUGUGUGUGUUUGAAAGCACUUCAAUGAAUUAUCAUUUUAGCUUGAUUUCAAUCUAGGCCCCACACAGAAACUAAGACACUGGCUGUUUGGGUGGAGGCAGUUUAUCACUACAUCCACUAGAUGGCACAAGAAAAUAUAUCUGUCAGCCAUUCUUGUUCCUUUUCUCUUCAGUUGUCCAUAACCUGAAAAGUGUUAAAAUAGACAGAUUCUAAUAAAAGUCUUGAAAGUAUGAUUAUAUAACUCCCUCGAUUAUUAAGUAAAUUAGUUAUAUUUUAUGUUUGCAAUGGAAAUCAAGUCAGUGUACACCAAAAAGAUAUACUAAUUAAUAUUAUAGUUAAGGAAAGGAGCCACUGAAGCAAAAUUUCUUCUUUAAGGGAAACCUCACAUUUAUUUAAAGUUGUUUGUUUUAAACGAGAUGAGCAAAUUUGUAAAACUAUGGUAAAUAAAUGUAUUUAAUUGC